GGAAAAACGUGACACACGUGUGGGAUCUGAAUAACUCGGUCAUUAUUGGUCAAUUCAUUCAUUCAUCCGCAAAUUUCAUUCUCUCUGCCAAAACCCUAAUCCUUCAUUCAUCGUCAAAAGCUCCAUUUUCACUCCUCAAAAGCAAAAAUGGCUGAUUCACCCCCUCAACGAAGGAAUUCAAGGUCCCCUUCACCAUCACCCUGGAAAGCUCAGUCAAGAUCACGAUCAAGAUCGAGGUCUGUGCCAAGACAAAGGCCAAGAUCUGACUCCAGAGGCCGUGGCAGGUCAAGGUCUCGAAGUCCUGAAAGGGGAGCCAAUGCUACCAAUCCUGGUAACACGCUUUAUGUUACUGGUCUAUCUUCAAGGGUCACAGAGAGGGACCUAGAGGAUCAUUUUAAUAAAGAGGGAAAAGUUGCUUCAUGUUUUCUUGUGGUGGAGCCACGUACCCGAAUUUCUCGUGGUUUUGCUUUUGUUACAAUGGAUUCCCAUGACGAUGCUGAACGCUGUAUCAAGUAUCUCAAUCAAUCAGUUUUAGAGGGCCGUUACAUCACUGUAGAACGGUCAAGAAGAAAGCGUGCAAGAACUCCAACACCGGGACACUAUCUUGGGCUGAAAAAUACUAGAGACUAUGGCUCUCGUGGUGACCAUCGUGGUGACCGCGGUGAUCGUGGUGACUUUCGUGGUGACCAUCGCGGUGACUUUCGUGGUGACCAUCGCGGUGAUCAUCGUGGUGAUUUUCGUGGUGACCAUCGUGGUGAUUUUCGUGGUGACUAUCGCGGUGACCGGGGAAGGAGUCGUGGUGGUUCUGGUCGUGGCGACUAUUCAUAUCGUAGAUCUCCAAGGCGUUCACCAUACCGCGGAGGCCACGAUCAUUCGCCACAACACUCACCCUAUGUUGGAAGGUCUAGGAGGGAGAGAUCUAGGUCCAUUCCUCAGUCUCCUUAUAGCCCAGACAGGAGGUAUGCUGGUGGAUCUAGGUGAGAUGUGGUUAGCUUGCCUUGUUUCUAUCUGUGACCAGGGUAAGACAAAAUUGUUUACUAUUUUGAGUUGAUACUACAACUAUCAGUUUGUGUGUACUCUAUAUGCCUUAUUAUCGAAGUAUUGUUACUUGGUGUAUUGUUACUCAGAACCUGUAGUUAUUCUAGUGUGACUAACAGUUUGUGCCUUAUUACAUUAUUGUGAUGCAUGAAUUUGUUUUGGACUGAAGUGUUUUAAUUUUCUAUCUCAAGCAUAUGAGAUUUUGCUAUUGUGGAGCCUUUGUUGGCAUCUAAGGAAGUUUUAUGUA